UGCUGACUUCGACCCCAUCUUUCGGCCUUUAUUUAAUUGCAUACAUACAUACAUAUAUAGAUAGGUAUAUAUGUUAUACGUGUCGAUAGCAUCGUAUUGAGCUGAGUGAAUCUGGGAAGAUGGCAAAGCCUCUGCAGAUCGCCAUUCUUGGUGCUGGCAUUUUCGUCCGAACUCAGUACAUCCCAAGAUUGGCCGAGCUCUCCGACCUCUUUCUUAUCAAAGCCAUUUGGAGCCGUAGUGAGGAAUCAGCCAAGGGCGCUGUUGAGAUUGCCCGCGAGAUUUUUCCUGAUGUUGAAUGUAAGUGGGGUGACAAGGGACUUGAUGAGAUUAUUCAGGACAGUUCUAUUGUUGCAGUUGCUGUGGUUCUUGCUGGACAAACUCAGGUAGACAUGUCACUGAGGUUGCUAAAGGCAGGGAAGCAUGUCCUUCAAGAGAAACCAGCUGCAGCUUGCAGCAGUGAAGCAGAAAGUGCACUAUCAAGCUAUAAUUCUACCUUGAAUUGUACUCUUGGUCAACCAAUCUGGGCUGUUGCUGAAAAUUAUCGUUUUGAACCUGCUUUUGUGGAGAGCAAAAGACUAGUGACUGAGAUUGGGGAUAUGAUGAGUGUCCAAGUUAUAGUGGAAGGAUCAAUGAACAGUUCAAAUCCUUACUUUUCAAGCUCAUGGAGACGCAAUUUUACUGGCGGAUUUAUUCUAGAUAUGGGAGUACAUUUCAUAGCUGGGUUAAGGAUGCUUGUUGGAUGCGAGGUGAAAUCUGCGUCAGCUUUCACUUCUCAUGUAGAUUUGACUUUGCCUCCUCCAGAUAACAUCUCCUCUGUAUUUCAACUGGAGAAUGGGUGUUCUGGAAUUUUUGUCAUGGUGGUAUCAUCAAGCUCACCAAAGAUAAUCUGGCGAGUUGUUGGCUUAAAAGGAACAGUGCAAGUUGAGCGGGGCACUAGAGAUGGAUUACACGGAUACUCGGUUUCACUCUACACAACUGGUGGGCAAAGCAAGUCCUUAUUUUUCCCUUUCAGUGGGGUGAAUGAAGAAUUAAAGACAUUUUUUAGUGAUGUCUCUCAGGCUAUAGUUGAGAAUGGUGGCAGCUGUAAAGCUGAUCCUCGAUGCUCUUUCGUCGAAGGUGCCAGAGAUGUUGCUGUUCUAGAGGCAAUGCUUGAAUCUGGAGAGAGGGAAGGAGCCAUGGUCCAAGUAAACAAAUUCUAGCCUAGUUUACAAACAUACUACAUUGUGAUCCAUCAUCAGAUGCUCUACAACUCAUUGUUUCCAGAGUAUAGUGCUUCUUUAUAAUAAUGAUAAGUGAAACAUUGAUUCAGACCUCAAUUAUGAACUCAGUUGUUUGUGAACCUAUUCUAUUGAAUGAAUAAAAUUGCUUCAGAGAAGAUAUGGAGAAGAAAUGUUUUGUGGGUAUGAAGAUAAGAAGUUGAUGGGGGAAGAAAAUGGAGUUGAGAAAACCAUCCCCACCGUCUUUAUUUUCCUCAACUGUUUGUUGAAGUUGGAUUGGGACACGAUAUAGAAAACUCUUGAUUUCUUCCACCAACUUAGAAGACUCAUUAAAUGGAGAUGAACACAGCAAGUUAGUGAUUGAGUAUGGUAGUUGCCAUUGGACCCAUGAAGCUUCCCAAUCAUAAAAUCUGUGAAUUAUGGAGGCAGUACGGACCAAUUCGCUUCUUCUCAGACAAAUCUUAAUUACUUAUCUCCAGGGUUGCUUUCACACAGCUGUCCAGUAUUUGGGUUUAAUUUAUUUGCACUAAACCUUCUAGCAAAGUUCAAGAAAUUGCCUAAUUUGUUGGGCCUGCUCACCAAAUUAGACCUAGAAUAAUAGAAAAAUAUGAUAUCAUCUAGAAUUUUUUGUAUGACUAUGACAACAAUAUUUGUACAAAUUAAAUAUUAUUUUCCUUUCAAAACU